AUGCUUUCCCGAUCGACGACUCGGUUGGUGACUUCGACCAACUGUCACGCGCCAUCGACGGCUUCGUCCUCGGUCGCCGCGGUCCGGCAUGCUCAUCUCUCGCCCGCCUCUUCGCUGCCGUCCGGCUCGUGCUAUGCCGCCGCGCCGGCCUGUCCGCCGCAACCGAGCUUCCUCCUUUCGAGUCCGACACCCUCGACGAGCAAAGAAGACCCCAUCUGGUCCGAACCGAGCUACGUCGCUCGCUACAGGGACCCCAAGAACCAUGACCGCCCCCUCGUGCGCCCCGCCUACGUCGCCGAACCGUCCUCCCCCGCUUCGGGCCGACGAGGGUUGACGACCUCCUCCGUGCUGUCGUCGACCCCUCCCGCGUCGACCUCGACUUCUGCUUCCGGUUCCUCUCCUUUCUCGUACUCGACUCCUUCUCGCAACUUGUCGCCCCCCUUACCCCGACCGAGCUCGGUCUGUUCGACUGGGUCGAACGGGUCUCACCGACGACGGCCCACACGCGACGAUUCACCGAGGCAUCAACGGCUCGAGAUGGAGCGCGCCUGGUCCGGCGGCGAGGCCUCGCCACCGAUCCCAACCGAGACCCACCAUGCCCAUGGCCAGUCCAAACGACCCAACUACGCCCUCCUCUACCCCGGCAGUGGUAGUCAAUACCCCCUGAUGGCCAGUUUCCUCAAGAACUACACCGCCGCGCAGCAAGUCUGGAAAGAGGCCGAAGAGUCCUUGUCCGAUUUCGAAUCGUGGAGGAGGUCGCUCAAGCUCGAUCAGUACGAGGGCGAGAUCGGCGAAUUGGGGAGGAUACUCGAUCGAACAGAGGAACAACGCAGCCACGAACCGUCGCUGCAUUCGGUCGUCUUCGACGGCAGCCAAGAGGAGUUGACCCGUGCCGCGAACGCGCAACCGGCGAUCCUCGUUACUUCAAUUGCCUUCACGCGCACGCUCGAACAAAACUUUGACUUGGACGUGGCCAAGAACGCUUCGGCGAUUCUGGGGCAUUCUUCGGGCGAAUAUUCGGCCGCGGUCGCCAGUGGGGCGAUCGACUUUGCCGAUGCGGUCAAGUUGAUUGUGAGUUGGAUGUCGAACCAUGCAAAAGGUCGCAGUCGUGUCUGACUUGUUAGCUCUUCUGUCCACCUCACAGCGCCUCCAUGGCAUGCUCACCACCCAUGCUCUCUCAUUGCCCUCAAUCAAUCUGUCAACCUCAUCCGACACACCUGCGGCUCGUAUUCCGCAAAUGUCGGCCGUCGUACUCAACCCGGGUCACUCGCACGACGAGGUCGUCCAAGUCGUACGCAAAAUCCGCGCCGAGGACAACGUCGGACCGCAGCACGAUCGAGGGUGCGCAGGGACGGUCGAAGUCGCUUCGUUCAACUCGUCGGCGCAGAUCGUACUCUCGGGUUCACGAGAAGGGAUCAUGCGAGCGUCCGAGUUGUUGCGCGAACAAGGGAUCGCUUCCCGAGCCGCCGAUCUGCCCGUCUCCGCACCAUUCCAUUGUUCCUUCCUCGAGCCCGCGGCCGAAGGGAUGCGAGUCGCGCUCGAAGCGACCCACUUGAACAGCCCUUUGAUCCCCCUCGUUUCCAACUUGGACGGAACGAUGAUCAACACCACCCACUCGCUCGUCUCGAACCUCGUCGCUCAAAUAUCCCUCCCCGUACGAUGGAGUAAAUGCCUGCGCAACCUCGCUCAAGACCAUAUCGAUCGAUUGGUGUUUCUAGGUCCGGGGAAAGCGUUGGCGAAUUUGGCGAGGAGGGACGCGACCUUGAGGGAGAAGCAUUCGGGCCAACCGAGUCGGACCGAAGUGUUGAGCGUCGCGACGGAUGCCGAUCUUGAGGCGUUCGCGGAGUUGUGGAAGGAGGAGACGGAGCAGUUGUGA